GUCUUCCUCAGCAGGCGGAUUGGGUUGUUCGCCAUUUCGGUGAACUGCGAUUGUGUGCGUAACGACUACUUUUCCGCUUCGCUCGCUAUUUGGUUUUCCUGGCUUAAAUUUUGAUAUCAACAGAAACACUCUGUUUACUUAACAUUAACUUCAAGCUAAUUAAAAAUGUCCAACGAACAGACUGAAAACGCAACGGAAAAUGCUGUCCAGCUGCCGCCGCCGCAGGAAGUUAAUGGGAAAGCCAAGCAUGAACCUAAUUUAAGCAGGAAGGAAAGGCCCCAGAAGAGAGGUGGAGGCGGCCGCUUCGAACCCUAUGGGAAUGUGAACAAAAGAUACCGUGUAUUUGUCAGCAACAUCCCAUACGAUGUGAAAUGGCAAGCUCUCAAAGAUUUAAUGAAAGAAAAAGUGGGUGAGGUAACAUACGUGGAACACUUAAUGGACGCAGAAGGCAAAUCAAGGGGUUGUGCUGUUGUUGAGUUUAGGACUGAAGAGCUAAUGAAGAAAGCAGUGGAGAAGGUCAACAAGCACAGCCUGAAUGGACGGCCACUAAAAGUGAAAGAGGAUCCUGAUGGUGUUAUUGCUCAGAGGGAAAUCAACAAGGCACAAGGAGGUGGAGGCCCCCCAGCAGGGCACGGAGGAAUGGGGGGUAUGGGUAGAAUGGAUCGUAUGAACAUGGAUCGUAUGAACAUGGAUCGUAUGAACAUGGAUCGAAUGGGACCUGGACCAAAUGGCCCCAUGGUUAACAUCCCUCCCAGCCUAAUGAACAACCCCAACAUCCCCAAUGAGAUAAUUCAUGGCCUGCAGGCUGGCAGGAUCGGCAGUACUGUUUUUGUGGCUAAUCUCGACUACAAAGUGGGCUGGAAGAAGCUGAAAGAGGUGUUUUCCAUGGCAGGCAUGGUAGUGAGGACUGACAUUCUGGAAGACAAAGAUGGGAAGAGCAGAGGGAUGGGCACAGUAACAUUUGAUAUGCCCAUUGAGGCCGUCCAAGCUGUCUCUAUGUUCAAUGGGCAGCUGUUGUUCAACAGGGUCAUGCAUGUCAAACUGGAUGAGAAAUCUCUCCCUAAAGACAUGGGACCCCCUGAUAGAGCUGCUGCUCUUCCUCGUGGCCUGAGUGGUGUUGGUUUGGGCCUUGGGCCUGGUGGCCAGCCCAUUGAUGCUGCACAGCUUAACAGAGGGGGUGGUGGUGGUGGAGGAGGAGGAAUGGGCAACAUGGGCCCUGGAGGAAUGGAUGGAAUGGGCUUCGGCAACAUGGGAGGUCGCAUGGGAGGAGGAAUGGACAACUUUGGCGGGAUGAACAACAUGGAUCGCUUUGGUUCCUCAGGGAUGGGCAGAAUGAACGAGAUGGACCGUGGGAUUGGUGGUGCUUUUGACAGGGAGUUUGGUCGAAAUGAAAUGGGCAUGUCUCGCAAUAAUUUUGGAGACUCCUUUGACAGAGGAAUGGGAAAUUCCAUGGGAAUGGAUCGCAUGAACUCCGGAAUGGACCGCCUGGGAUCCAGCAUGGAUCGCAUGGGUGGCAUGGAUCGUAUGGGUAUGGACAGGAUGGAUCGUGUGUCUGACCUGGACAGACUGGGUUCUGGGUUUGACCGGAUGGGCUCGGGGAUGGACCGGCUGGGGCCCAGCAUGGACAGGCUAGGACCCAGCCUGGAUCGUAUGGGCUCCAGCAUGGACCGCCUUGGCCCAGCGGGUUUUGACCGUUUAGGCCCAUCUGGAUUGGAUCGCAUGGGCUCUGGCCUGGACUUUGGUUCUCCAAUGGGCAUGGAUCGCAUGGGCAACACCAGUCUUGACAGAAUGGGUAGCAGCUUUGACCGCAUGGGAUCUACUGGAGGCCUUGACCGGUUCUCCUCUGGUGGCAUCGACCGAAUGAGCUCUGGUAUGGAUCGUAUGGGAUCUGGAGGUGUUGGAGGUCAGUUUGAUCGUUCUACUGAUAUGGAUCGUGGAUUUGGUGGUAACUCCUUUGGAGGAGCCGGAGCUGGAGGGCCUGGAGCUGGGGGCAAUGCCAGGAAAGGAUGCCAGAUCUUUGUCAGAAAUCUGCCCUUUGAUUUCACAUGGAAGAUGCUGAAGGAUACCUUCAAUACAUGUGGUGUUGUCCAGUAUGCUGACAUAAAGAUGGAGAAUGGCAAGUCAAAGGGCUGUGGGGUGGUUCGCUUCGACAACCCUGACACUGCUGAACGUGCCUGCCGGACCAUGAAUGGGUACCGGCUAAAUGGAAGGGAGAUCGAUGUUAGAAUUGACAGAAAUGCAUAAGUUAUUUGUCUGUCUACCACCUGACUUUGUCCUUGUUGAAGCGCUCUGUAUCAUCUGAAUUGCCCUCUAACAUAGUCAGGUUCAUUUAGUUGGCUUAGAUCUUUAAAACAAUGAACAUGUUAUUUUAGUUAGAAAUUGGUAUAAGUGUUUUAGUUGAAUUUUACUUUUGUAGAGACCAAAUUUUAAACUUUAUUUUCUGUCAUGCUUCACCUUUCAUUGCCUUUGUUCUACAAGGUGUUUUGAUAAAUAAAUAUCAGUAUUUGAAAUCGC